AUGAGUGGGAAUUGGGUGCACCCAAGCAAGACCCUGAUGUGGGCUGUUUGGGUCCUUGCAGCUGCCACCAAAGGGCUUGCUGCAGAUGCACCAUCCACGAAUACCAGGCUCGGAUGGGUCCGGGGAAAGCAAGUCACCGUGCUGGGAAACCCCAUGCCUGUGAAUGUGUUCCUUGGGGUCCCCUUUGCUGCACCCCCUGUUGGACCCCUGCGAUUUGCCACUCCACAGCCAGCAUUGCCCUGGAAAGGCUUCCGAGAUGCCACUUCCUACCCUAACUUGUGCCUCCAAAGCCUGGACUGGCUGAUUUCAGAUCAACACUUGCUCAAGGUGCAUUACCCCCAAUUCGAAGUGUCCGAAGACUGCCUGUACCUAAACAUCUAUGCACCGGCCCACGCUGUUAUGGGCUCCAAUCUCCCUGUCAUGGUAUGGUUCCCUGGGGGUGCUUUUGAGAAGGGCUCAGCCUCCAUAUUCGAUGGCUCUGCUUUGGCUGCUUACGAAGAUGUGCUUGUUGUGACCACCCAGUACCGGCUAGGAAUAUUUGGCUUCUUCAACACAGGGGACCAGCACGCUCCGGGGAACUGGGCCUUAAUGGACCAGGUGGCUGCCCUCACCUGGGUCCAGGAGAACAUUGAGUUCUUUGGUGGAAACCCGGGAUCUGUGACCAUCUUCGGCGAGUCAGCAGGGUCGAUAAGCGUUUCCAAUCUUGUUCUGUCUUCCAUGGCCAGUGGCUUAUUCCACAAAGCCAUCAUGGAGAGUGGAGUCGCCAUUAUCCCUUACAUCAUGGCCCUGGACAGUGAGAGGAACCAGGAUUUGCAGUUCCUUGCGCAUAUCUGUGAUUGCAACCUGACAGACUCAUUGGCCUUGCUGCAAUGCCUGAGGGCAAGACCCCCUGAGGAGUUACUGAGCCUCAGUCAGAAAACAAAGUCUUUCACUCAAGUGAUUGAUGGUCAUUUCUUUCGUGACAGUCCUGUAGACAUAUUGGUUCAAAAAGCAUUUAAUCCAAUUCCUUCGAUCAUUGGCGUCAACAACCACGAAUGUGGUUACUUGCUACCCAUGAAGGAGAUUCCUGAGAUCUUCAUGGGCUCCAACAAGUCUGUCUUAUUCCUCUUGAUGCAGUCAAUCUUGAAAAUCCCCAGGCACUAUUUGUAUGUCCUGAAUGAUGAAUACUUCAAGAUCAAAGACUCCAUGGCUGAAAUCCGAAACAGUUUUCUGGACUUGCUUGGCGAUGUGUUCUUUGUGGUUCCUGCCCUGGUCACAGCUCAGCAUCAUAGAGCGGCUGGUGCACCUGUCUACUUCUAUGAGUUUCAGCACCGACCCCAGUGCUUUGAAGACACAAAGCCAGCUUUUGUCAAAGCAGAUCACACGGAUGAAAUACGCUUUGUCUUCGGAGGUGCCUUUCUGAAGGGGGAUGUGGUCAUGUUUGAGGGAGCCACAGAAGAGGAGAAGCUGUUGAGCAGGAAGAUGAUGAAAUACUGGACGAACUUUGCUCGGACCGGGAAUCCCAAUGGGGAAGACUUACCUCUGUGGCCAGCUUACAAUCAGGCUGAGCAGUACCUGCAACUGGAUUUGAACAUAAGAGUUGGAGAAAAACUAAAAAAGUCAAAAGUGGAGUUUUGGACAAAUUCUGAACCUCUGAUAAAAUUCUCUUCUGGGUCUCUCCUCUGUCCUCUCUCCUCCUUGUACUUCCUGUCUCUGUUCUUACCAUUCUUUUUCCUUUUUGCUCCUUAA